AUGUUGUCAUCGUCGAAACAUCGGAUCCGACUGGAAGAACCGCCGCAACACGAGUCGCCAGACUAUCGGCACGGCUAUCACUCGUCGCUGACCGCAGGAGAAUCACGGCACUGGUAUUCCACAGUGAAACCGUCUGAGGGCGUUGAUGAUGUGACAGUCUCGCAGCAAAAACGCAGCGAGCGAGAACUGUCUCUCCGUCACGAUCGUCUCGUCUCUGAGACAGUUCAACAUCUACAGCAUCAGCACCAGCGGCACAAUUCUUUGCUCCAACUGCCGGAGUCAGAGCACCUCCGUGAACCGGAGCAGCUGACACAGAGACAUUUCAGAGAUGUUUCUUAUCAACACGAUAGUCGCGUAUCUUCUGAGAUGAUGAGAGAGUCACAGAUUCAACAAAAGCAACAAAAACAAGAGGAACAGCAGUCUUCUGUCAUUCCUUCAUCAGAGAAACACUCACAGUUUGGACAGCUACACGGUCAGUCCCAGUUUUAUGAAUCUGUGCCAGCCAAAAGUGAUGGUCACCUUCCUCCUCCUCCUCCUCAUCAUCAUCUCAGUCGUCGUCAUCCUCCCCCUCACAGCAAACAGCUACAUCAUCACCAUCAUCAGCCUCAGUUUGACCACCAUCAGCGUGCGGAGGAUCGCACCUACCCCCGUCAGCAGCAGCUCUCGCUGGAAGUCCAGCAGUCUCUAUCUCUGCACAGAGAGCACGGCUACUUGGAGCACGGAUCCUCCAAAGAACAGAGUCAGUAUCAACAACAACAACAGUGGCAGUUAGACAGAAUCAAUUUGCCAGAUGAUUAUAAUUAUCGUCGUGUUUAUCAACGGGAUUAUACUGAUCUCAGGACUGUGGAACAUUCUAGUCUAGACAGACCUCUAGAACAUUCUAGUCUAGUCAGACUUUUGGAACAUUCUAGUCUAGACAGACUAGAACAUUCUAGUCUAGACAAACCUCUAGAACGUUCUAGUCUAGAACGUUCUAGUCAAGACAGACCUCUAGAACAUUCUAGUUUAGUCAGACUUUUGGAACAUUCUAGUCUAGACAGACUAGAACAUUCUAGUCUAGACAAACCUCUAGAACGUUCUAGUCUAGAACGUUCUAGUCAAGACAGACCUCUAGAACAUUCUAGUCUAGUCAGACUUUUGGAACAUUCUAGUCUAGACAGACUAGAACAUUCUAGUCUAGACAAACCUCUAGAACGUUCUAGUCUAAACAGACCUUUAGAACGUUCUAGUCUAGUCAGACUUUUGGAACAUUCUACUCUAGACAGACCUCUAGAACAUUCUAUUCUAGACAGACAAGAGCGUUAUAGUCAAGACAGACCUCUAGAAAAUUCUAGUUUAGACAGACUUUUGGAACAUUCUAAUCGAGACAGACGUGUGGAACGUUCUAGUCUAGACAGACGUGUGGAACGUUCUAGUCUAACUGUUGGUCUAGCAGAGUUACCAGAGACUGAAGCUAGAAAGGCUUACAGCCCAUCCCAGCCUCACCAUUUCCACCACCGCAUUGAUGUUCAGGAAGCACAACCACAGCGGGACUUUCAUGAACUGGUGCCAGCCACAACUAGUACCCCCCACCCCCAUCAUCAUCACUACCGUCAGAGUUAUCAUCACGACCAUCAUCAUCAACGGCCCAGUAGUGAGCAGCGCCACAGGGAAGAGAAAAGCCAUGACAAAUUCCCAUCGGAGAAGAGUUAUAGACAUGUUUCUCUUACUCCUUCUCUCCCUCCUCCCUUACCUUCUUACCGUCAUCAUGACAUUCAUCAUCAUCAUCAGCGUCCUCAUCACCCCCAACGACUUGAUGACCCUCCGCAACAACAUUUUUACCAGCUUCUCCAGCCCGCACAUGAGGAAGCCCAACGACAACCACAACAAGGUCAUCAACAUCUGCAACAUCCUUCUCAGCAGCAGCAGUUUCACCCACAUCUGCGGGAUGAACUAGACGACCAUUACCAUGGGUCCCCGCAUCAUGUCAUACACUCGCAGCAUCUCCCGCGUGGUCAUGUGACUGACUCGGCUCCUGAGGGCUACGGUCAGGGUAUCGGGGACGAUGGUGGACGACCUUUGGAGUCGCGGCGCUACCACCAGCUGACAGCUGUCGACCUUGGCCCAGCUCAAGGUUAUCUUGGAGAGCCACAGCCAAAGCCAGGGGUAGCAUCAGGCACGGAUGUAGACGUUGAUCCUUACUAUCUUGUUCCUCUGUAG